UUGAAAUUCAGAAUAAUGUGGCUUCGGAAAGAACAAAAUUCGUUGCCCGUAUUCACUUGCAGACGAAAUACGCUUUAUAGUUGACUUCGGUGUGUGACAUUUAAAACAUGGAGGCUCCUAGUUGCACGUGGGAUUUAGUGAAAACUAUUGAAUCGGAUGACGAAAACAUUCCCGUUUACGACUCAUCCUCUGAAAGUGAAGAAGAAUUUCAGCCCAAGCAAUUGAAACGAGAUGAAAUUAAGGCCAAAAGCAAAGCGUUCAGCCAAGAGUUUGAAUUUAUCGGGAGUGUGGGUGACUAUAAUGCUGAUCCAUGGAAAGACGAUGUUCAAAAAUACAUCAAACGUAAAGCUAAAAGCAAGACUGACGAUAAAAUCGCCAAAGUGCUGAAAGAGAAAGCUCAUGAAGAAGAUGGAAGUGACCGUGAAGUUGAUGAUGAAGUUGAAGAAAAUUUAUUGUCUGAGGAUGAACUAACAAAGGAUAAUGUGCGAGACAAAGAGCGGGACAAGAAGAGGAAGCUUAGAAAGAAGAAGACAGACGAAGAAGUGGAUCAGAAUUUAGGAAUGGGGGAAAACUUUUUUGAUGAAUCAUUAUUGUGUGAACCAGCUGAAAGUUUUCAUGAAAUGAAUCUGUCUCGCCCUUUGAUGAAAGCCAUUGCAUCCAUGAAUUUUGUUCAUCCAACUCCUAUCCAGUCAGCAACAAUUCCUGUUGCUUUAUUAGGAAGAGAUAUCUGUGGGUGUGCAGCCACUGGAACUGGUAAAACUGCAGCUUUCAUGCUACCAGUUUUGGAGAGACUAAUGUUUCGUCCCAAAUUGUCUGCAACAACCCGUGUUUUAGUUCUGGUUCCUACUCGAGAAUUGGGAGUUCAAGUCUACCAAGUGUCUAAGCAACUAUCACAAUUUACAAACAUUCAAAUAGGGCUCUCAAUUGGUGGUCUCGAUUUAAAAGUGCAAGAAAGAGUUCUUCGCGGUAACCCAGAUGUCGUUAUCGCUACGCCUGGUCGUUUGAUUGAUCAUUUACGCAACACUCCAUCUUUCAGUCUCGAAUCCAUCGACGUUUUAAUUUUAGACGAAGCUGACCGGAUGUUGGAUGAAUUUUUCAUUGAGCAAGUAAAAGAAAUUAUCAUGCAGUGCGGCCGUAAGCGGCAGACCAUGCUUUUCUCUGCCACAAUGAGUAACGAAGUCCGAGAUUUGGCCGCAGUAUCACUAAAUAAACCCAUCAAGGUGUUUGUUAACAAUAAUCGUGACGUAGCAUUCAACUUGAGGCAAGAGUUUGUUCGUAUCAGGCCAAAUCAUGAAGGUGACAGAGAAGCAAUUUUGUGUGCUCUAGUUUGCCGAACAUUCCGUCACCACUGCAUGGUGUUUGUUCAGACAAAAAUGUUGUGUCACAGACUUCACGUCCAACUAGGAUUAUUAGGAAUUAGGGUUGGGGAACUUCACGGUAACCUCUCGCAACCCCAACGAUUGGAAGCUCUGAGAAAGUUUAAGGAAGAAGAAAUUGAUAUUUUAGUGUCCACGGAUGUUGCAGCCCGUGGGUUAGAUAUCCCAGGAGUGCAGACAGUUAUCAACUAUACUAUGCCCCCGACAAUUGAACGUUACAUUCAUCGAGUUGGACGUACCGCCCGUGCUGGACGAAGUGGUGUUUCCGUUUCGCUUGCCGGAGAAGGAGAAAGAAAAGUGGUUAAAGAAAUCGUCAAAAGAGCCAACAACCCUGUGAAAUCUCGUCUGAUUCCCAACGAGAUUUUGGCAAAAUAUAAAAAGAAACUUUCACUCAUUGAAGCUGACGUGGAAAACAUUAUAACGGAGGAAAAAUCUGAAAGCCAGCUUUCAUCCAUGGAAAACCAAAUAAACCGAGCAGAAAAACUUGUUAAAGUUAAAGACGAACCCGCUGCACCAAAGCGUUUGUGGUUCCAGACUCAUCAAGAGCGUUUAGAUGAAAAAAACCGAUUUAAAUUGUCAGCUGAUGGGGAUACAGCAGAACAGCGAGGAAAGCCUAAGAAAAAGAAGGGAGAAAAUCAGAAGAUAAAACGAAAUGAGCGGAAAAAAGAACAGAAGAAGACCAAGAAAAAAAGUGAAAUGACAGCAGAGGAGCGAACGCAAUUGGAACUGAAGAAGGUCAUGCUCAUGCAAGCACGUGCAGCAAAGAGAAUGAGUAAGCCUAAGAGCAUGCGAUCCACCAAUGACGUCAGCGACACCAAGGCCGUCAAGGCUCCAGUAGCCAAAAAGUCGGGAUCGGCAUUCGCUGCAGAUUUAACUGACACGAGCCAGAGGUCGGUGAAAAGACUGCGAUAUCAAUCAAAUGUUCAAAAUCGACAGACGAAAUCAAGGAAAACAAGAAAAUGAAAUGGAAUUGAUGAUUUUUUUAAAGGAAUACAAUUUCUCGAGCUAC